AGAGGCGAAAAAAGCCCACCUUUUCUUUCGCCUUCUCUGCCCAUCCCUCCCCUCACUCUGCCUCUCCGUUGCACAUCUCGUCAUAGCCUCUUGGUUUUUUUACCAACAAACAUUUUUCUUAUAACCGCGGUCAGCGACUCGGAUAUAUUUCUUUACAAUCUACGGCACGAUCCUCGAUCUCUGUCCUUUUCCUCUCCGACCCUAAACCGUCGCCUGUUGUCGUCACGAGCUUGACGUCGACACCUUCUCGUACCUCCCUCUCACACAAAAACAUAAUAAACCAUGGCUCUUAAGCGCAUUAACAAGGAGCUCACUGAUCUCGGCCGUGACCCGCCCUCUUCCUGCUCUGCCGGCCCCGUCGGCGAAGAUUUGUUCCACUGGCAGGCAACAAUUAUGGGACCUGGUGACUCUCCCUACUCUGGCGGUGUCUUUUUCCUCGCCAUCCACUUCCCCACAGAUUAUCCCUUCAAGCCUCCCAAGGUCAACUUCACAACCCGCAUCUACCACCCCAACAUCAACUCCAACGGCAGCAUCUGCUUAGAUAUCUUGAGGGACCAGUGGAGCCCGGCGUUGACCAUCUCUAAAGUCCUGCUGUCCAUUUGCUCCAUGUUGACGGACCCCAACCCCGACGACCCUCUUGUCCCUGAGAUUGCUCAUGUGUACAAGACCGAUAGAGCGCGAUACGAGGCUACUGCUCGUGAGUGGACUCGCAAGUAUGCUGUUUAAGUAGGAAGAGCGGGAAUGUACGUUCAGCGGAUGACUUGCUUUCAUAGAGGCAUGCAUUUUUAUACCUUUAACACUCGUGGGUGGGCCUCUUCAACUGCAACAGCGUGAGAUGAAAUUGCGGGUGCAUUGGUCAGCGAGUUUAGUGAAGUGGAAUAUCUUUGAAGAUCACUGGCAAGGACUGUCUUGCGCAAAAUCACUGUACUCUUGUGACAUAGGGAGAUGUGAGCAUAGAACAGCUUACCAGAGGAUUGGAAGGAUGCUAUUUUUUUCUCGUGUGGCUGGCAGAUAUUAAAGAGAUAGUAUGCAGCUAGGCAGAAAGCGAUGAUUUCAAACUCAAGGGUCUCUUUGGAACGGGCCGUUUAACAGUAGACAUGUUUAAUAUUCCCGUAUUGUGACGCAGGUGACAUGUAAAUGAUGUGCGCAUAAGGCACCGUUGUACGGACGGGUCCAAGUCACGGAAAUACGGCAACGGUGGAUUGUGCCUAAGGGUUUAAAUAGGCUCGGUAGUCGGGCUUGGGCUUUUUUGAGGCUGUCGCAACAAAGCGCCGAGCCGUAUGCACCUACGGACUGAUAGGAGCUGGG